AAUAAAGGGAAGUGUUCUUCACUUGCAGUCUGGUCCCAGAAGGGUGGGGGUCUCUUGGGGAAAGGAGGACAACCUGUACUUCUGGGAGAAUGGGAGAAGUUGGGAAGAUAGCAGUGUUUGUGAUGACUUUCAUCAGCUGCAAUGCCCUCCUGGAUCUGUCUGGUGUCCACCAGGUCACAGGCACAUGGAUGGGAUCCACCACAGUACCGUGUACCUACGUGCCUUCAGAAGGUGUCACACAGCAAACGCUUAGCUGGAGCGUGGAGCGGGACUCCAGCAUCUCUACCAUCUUCCGGAGGGAUGAUUCUGGGGACCACAUCUUGCUGUCUAAAUUCCGAGGCCGAGUCAGCGUCCCAAAGCACAGCCCAGGGGAUGCCUCGCUCCUCAUUGAGAACCUUGAAAUGCCUGACAGUGGACACUACACCUGUCAAAUCAUCUGGAGGUCUACAGAUAACAGCUUGAUAACAAGAGAGGUGACCACUACAGUUAAAGUUGUCAAAGGUAAAUCCAGCAGGUAAUCCCUACUCUUGUGC